CAUAGCUUUGCAUUGGCCGAAAACCUCCGAUAUCCCAUGGCAGACAAGAUUAAGAAUGCAAUUGCCGAAGAGGCAGCCCAUGUCAGGGUCAUUGCAAAAGAUCUCGUCAUGUCGGGGACGUACUUUUACCCAUUGAAGGGCAUAAUUUACACAGCCAACCACCGCCCGCUAUGGCGCCCCUUCCUCUCGCGAUCCUACCAAACCCUCAGUCUAGGCGUCGGCGUCACCUCGGCGAUGUUCUUCUUCACCUACGUGCCCCAAGCUGCCGUGAUGGCGAUCACCAGCGGCCCUCUCGCGCCCGUCUCCGCCGCCCUCCUCGUCCUCAGCGAAAGCUCCACCAUCACCACCUUUCUCAUCCGAUCCUUCUAUCUCGCUGACGCCCUCACCGAUACAUUCGACGGCACUCUCAUAGAAGAGGGCCAGGACGCUCUCGUCUCGCAGGAUAGACCCGUCGUUCCGCAUGGAAAGGCUGCGGAUGCGAUCGCCCGUCUUGGGAAUACGUUCAAGGGCCCGCUGGAGAGAUUCAGACCGAGGAAUCUUCUCAGGUCGUUGUUGUUGCUGCCGCUGAACUGCGUGCCCGUUGUGGGUACCGCGGUUUAUGUUUAUAUUCAGGGGAAGCAGUUCGGGCCCGAUGCGCAUGAAAGGUUUUUCCAGCUGAAGGGCUGGAAGGGGAAGGAGGUGGAUGAAUGGGUGACGAAGUUUAGGGGGGCGUAUACCGGGUUUGGAAUGGCGUCUUUUGCGCUGGAAAUGAUACCCUUUGCUUCGAUUGCGUUUGCGUUCACGAAUACCGUUGGGGCGGCGCUGUGGGCUGCGGAUAUGGAGAGGGCGAUUCAGUAGUGUGGAUCAAGGCUGGGUAUGUAUGUAUACUACGGGGUUUAGUUUGGAUGGUUGGGAGGUUAUAGCGUUGUUACCGGUUCCCAAAAAGUAUUUCACAGCAGCCAACUGAUUCUUGUCUCGCCUCAUCUGCGUUGUUGAACAGACUGACGUGCAGUGCUCGCUGCUUCUAACAUCCUUCUAUUGGAGUGUCGACGACUAGUGGCAUGAAUGAGUUCUGACGAUCUAGAUCUACCAUCGUCAAGUCUGUACUUACCUUGGAGCUUCCAUCGUUCUGUCUGAUACAGCAGAUGCAUCUCGUGCAAGUGAUGGCUCCCACAACGACGAGGAUCUGAACCAUGAAUUGAACAUAACAAAAUGCAGCUCACAGGUUAUUGUUGCCAAG